AGACCACGUGCGGCCCAGCUGAGGUGACUGGCAGGACUUGUUUACUGGUGGAGAGACUCGCAGAAAGAGAGACGGAAAGAGGGGGAACCUGAGGGAGAGCAACCGCUAAAACGGAACGGGAAUCCAAGUUUUUUUUUUUAACACUUGCUUCUUCUUUUUUUUUUUUAAAGUCUUUUCACGUUUGUUGACCUACGCGUUUUUUCACUCUCGAGGACGGGACAAGGACGUUAAUCAAAGCGCGCGCGUGUGUGUGUUUGUUUUAUUUUUUAACUCUCGCCUCGUUUGUUUUGGAUUGGCUAGCGUUAGCUAACGUUAGCUCCCCUCCCCUCUCCCUCCACCAGCUAACGUUAAUCUGAGAAAAAGAAACGGGCGGCGCGGUGGAGAGUUUUCUCACUUCACGGCAACGUGCAGGUUCAACGUAGCCGUCCCCUCCUCCUCCUCCCCCUUCUCCUCCACCUCCACACCCCACCUACUUUCGUUGUAGAUGGGAAAAAAGUAACGUUUAACCGGCAGAGCCUCCCCCCCCUCCCUUCUUCGUUGUUUUUCCUCCCUCCCCGUUCGGUUCGUUUUACGGGUGUCUGCGGGCGAGGUGGUCAGCGGAGGUGAAGGAGUUCAGAGGAAGGUCGUCGCAGGGAAAGGGAGCUGCCUCGCUGCACGUUUUUUCUUUUUUUUGUGUGUUCACCGCACGUAGCUCUGCUCCGAAGGGGUUUCCCGGGAUGAGCUCCCGUUUGACUUAAAAGGGUUCCGAGAAGACACCAGCGAAAACAGGGUUGGGUGGUGCUCGAACCUGUGGACUUCAGAGAGAGAGAGAGUCCUUCCGGCUCCCGUUCAUACGCGAGAUCCACAACUUCAGCUCAUCUGGGAGGUUUUUUUUCUUUUGGAGGAAACGGAAGAUAAAACUGGAGACACGUUUCGUCCCAAUUGUUUUGUUUUCAUAUUGAAGUGGGUGUAUUCCCUCAUCGCAGCGGUUUAUUACGGGGAGAUGAGCCCAGGGCCAUUGGUCCUCCUUCGGGGACCUCCAAGCUAGCGUCCCCCCCCCCGACCUCCUCCUCCUGCUCCUCCUCCUCCUCCUGCGUGUGGGAUAUAAAUAAUAAUAGUAAUUUCUGUCUUCGUUAAGCAGAGCACCAACAUUAAACAAAUGAACGUGGACUGUCGUCUUCACUUAUGGAAAAUGAAGAUCUUUACCCGCACGUGUGUUGCCAGAACCCAAGAUCACGUAAUUUAGUGGUCUGCAUUUCUCUCCAGGGCUCACAGAGCCGACAUCACAAAGUCGGCUGGGAAGAUUCUCAUAAAUGUUCAACUCCCCCCGGCUCACGGGGGGCGACGUGGAAUCAGUCGGCUAAAGUCGACCUUCAUUUUUAGGAAUUUGUCCACUGCUUUUUUUUGUAUUCCAAACCCCCGUUGAGAUCAACUUUUCUCCCUCAUCGGAGUGUUUUUAUUGAGAGGUGAGCUCAACAUCUCUCCCGAGUCAAAAUGAGACGGUGGACGCCAAGACUGCGAGCACAAAUUGUGUUUUUAAUCGUCGGCACCUGCAUUAUAUUCCAGUGUGGACUAAUAAACGGAGAAAUCUGCCAGAGUAAGGACAUCCGGAACAAUGUGACCAACCUCCAGUCGUUGGAGAACUGCACCAUCAUCGAGGGGCACCUGAAGAUUCUGCUCAUGUUUAAGACCAAGGCCGAGGACUUCCGGGGCCUCAGCUACCCGAAGCUGCAAGUGGUGACCGACUACAUGCUGCUCUUCAGGGUCUACGGCCUCGAGGCCCUCAGCGACCUCUUCCCCAACCUGACGGUGAUCCGCGGAAACAACCUCUUCUUCAACUACGCUUUUGUGAUUUACGAGAUGCUGCAGCUGAAGGAGGUGGGCCUCCACAGCCUCAUGAAUAUCACCCGGGGCGCUGUGAGGAUCGAGAAGAACCCAGACCUGUGCUACCUGGCCACCCUGGACUGGUCCAAGAUCCUGGACUCAGUGGAGGACAACUUCAUCGUGGCUAAUAAGAACGACAGGGAGUGUGGAGAUGUGUGUCCCGGCACGGCUCAAGGUCAGACCACGUGCCCUCAGAACACCAUCAACGGACACUUCCGGGGCCGAUGCUGGUCGCAGGACCACUGCCAGAGAAUGUGCCUGGACAACUGUAAGCACAGUGCGUGUAACCGCAAGGGCCAGUGCUGCCAUGACCAGUGCCUCGGCGGCUGUUCUGAGCCAGGUAAUGCAAGUAGCUGUGUGGCCUGCAGGAACCUCCAGCAUGGGAACAACUGUAUGGAAAAGUGUCCUCCUGGGUACUAUGUCUUCAGGGGCUGGCGCUGUGUCAGCUUCUCCUUCUGCCAGGAGCUCCACAACCAGUGUAAGGAGACUAAGAAGUUGAACCAGGACCGAGAGUCUGGCUGCUACGAAUAUGUCAUCCACAAUGGGGCCUGUAUUCCAGAGUGUCCGUCAGGAUACUCCACUAUCAACUCCACUACGUUGACCUGUUCGCCGUGUGCGGGUCUGUGUCCUAAACUGUGUGCGGGAAAUAAGACCAUCGACUCGGUAACGUCGGCCCAGGCCUUGAGAGGCUGCACCGUCCUCCACGGCAACAUGAUCAUCAAGAUCCGAGGAGGGAAUAAUAUUGCAGCUGAAUUGGAGGCUAGUUUGGGCCAGCUGGAGGAAAUCACAGGAUACCUGACCGUGCGCCGAGCCUACGCCCUGGUGUCCCUGUCCUUCCUCCGCAAACUGCGUGUUAUCAGGGGGGAGCAUCUGGAGGGAGAUGUCUUCGCCUUCUACGCGCUGGACAACCAGAACCUGCGUGAGCUGUGGGAUUGGUCCAAGCACAACCUGACCAUCCAUCGCGGUCGCAUGUUCUUCCACUACAACUCCAAACUCUGCAUGUCUGAGAUCAGAAAGAUGGAGGAGGUGACGGGAACCAAGGAGCGCAACCAAAAGAACGACAUCGCUGUACGCACCAACGGGGACCAAGCCUCCUGUGAGACCAAGCUGCUGAAAUUCACCUUGAUCAAGACCUCAUCGAAUAUGAUUAUGCUGAAGUGGGAGCCCUUUUGGCCUUUAGACUUCAGAGACUUGCUGGGAUUUAUGGUUCUCUACAAAGAGGCGCUGUACAGGAACGUGACCGAGUUUGAUGGACAGGACGCCUGCGGCUCCAACAGCUGGGCGAUUGCUGAUGUUGAUCCUCCGCCCCGUGCCACGGACAGCAAGAAGGCGGAAGAACCAGGCCACCUUAUCCGACCAUUGAAGCCCUGGACCCAGUACGCCAUCAUGGUCAAAACCCAACUGUCUGCGUCUGACGAGCACCAGGUCAACGGAGCCAAGAGCGAGAUCAUCUACGUCCGCACCGAUGCGUCCAAACCCUCGGUGCCUCUGGACCCUAUUUCCUCCUCCAACUCGUCCUCUCAGAUCAUCCUGAAGUGGAAGCCCCCCACCAACCCUAACGGCAACAUCACCCACUACCGCGUCAUCUGUCGUAAGCAGUCCGAGGACAGUGACCUCUACAAGUUUGACUACUGCCUCCAAGGGAUGAAGCUGCCGUCUCGUACCCCGACCCCGCCGGACAGCGAGGACGAGCAGAAGUGGAACCACACAGACGAGCCCCAUUCCGGGGGCCGGUGCUGCGCCUGCCCCAAGACUGACAACCAGCUGAAGAAGGAGCAGGAAGAGAUAGAGUACCGCAAGACCUUCGAGAACUACCUUCACAAUGAAGUCUUUGAGAUCAGGCCAUCUCGACGCCGGCGCUCAGUGGGAGUGGCCAACGGCACCCUGCCCUCUUUCUUCCUCCCGGCAGCCCCCGGCCUGGCUUUCGGAUCCACGACGGCUCCCCCUGAGGACGAAAAUGAGGACGAGGAGGGGUCCAAGGUGGAACUAAAGGUGUCCUCAAAAGAGUCAACAGUCAUCUCCAACCUGCACCACUUUACCAGUUACAAGAUAGAGAUCAUAGCCUGCAACAAAGUAAAAGACCUUGAACAAUGCAGCUUGGCUUCUCUUGUCAGUGCUCGGACUAUGCCAGAGGAGAAGGCAGACGACAUCCCGGGCCCUGUGACCCAUGAGAUCGUGGCGGGCGAGCCUCCCUACGUGCUGGUCAAAUGGAAUUCCCCUCGCUCCCCUAAUGGCCUCAUCAUCCUGUAUGAAGUGUUCUACAGAAAGGUCGGAGACUCAGAGGUUCACACAGCUUGUGUGUCGCGGCCGGCCUACCUCAAGUCAGGUGGCACAAAGCUUUCACUUGUGCAUCCUGGGAACUACAGUGUGAGGGUCCGCGCCACCUCCUUAGCGGGAAAUGGCUCUUUCACAGAAACCACUUACUUCUUCAUGCCCAAUUCGGAUCCAGGUUUAAUUUGGAUUGUGAUGGGUCCAGUCAUCUGCUUCAUCCUGCUGCUGUUCGUGGGCGGUGGAGUCUUCUUCAUCCUCAAAAAGAGGCAAACAGAAGGCCCGACCGGACCUCUCAUCGCCUCCUCAAACCCAGAGUACAUCAGCACCAAUGAUGUGUACAUCCCCGAUGAGUGGGAAGUGCCCCGGGACAAGAUCACGGUGCUCAGAGAGCUCGGGCAGGGCUCCUUCGGCAUGGUGUACGAGGGAAUCGCCAAGGACAUCAUCAAAGGCGACCCGGACACGCAAGUCGCCGUCAAGACGGUGAACGAAUCGGCCAGCCUGCGCGAGAGGAUCGAGUUCCUGAACGAGGCCUCCGUCAUGAAGGCCUUCAGCUGCCACCACGUGGUGCGUCUGCUGGGCGUGGUGUCCAAAGGUCAGCCGACCCUGGUGGUGAUGGAGCUGAUGACCCACGGCGACCUGAAGAGCUACCUGCGUGGCCUCAGGCCGGAAUCUGAGAACAACCCCACGGGCCGCUCGCCUCCUACGCUGAAGGAGAUGAUCCAGAUGGCUGCAGAAAUUUCGGAUGGCAUGGCCUACCUCAACGCCAAGAAGUUUGUCCACAGGGACCUGGCAGCCAGGAACUGCAUGGUGGCAGAAGACUUCACCGUCAAGAUUGGAGACUUUGGUAUGACCCGAGACAUCUAUGAGACCGAUUACUACCGUAAGGGGGGCAAAGGCCUGCUCCCCGUCAGGUGGAUGGCGCCGGAGUCUCUGAAGGACGGCGUCUUCACGGCCCACUCUGACUGCUGGUCAUUUGGCGUUGUGCUGUGGGAGAUCACGACGCUAGCCGAGCAGCCUUACCAGGGCUUAUCCAACGAACAGGUUCUAAAGUUUGUCAUGGAUGGAGGAUACCUGGACCGGCCGGAUAACUGCCCGGAGAGGAUGCACAGCCUAAUGCAGAUGUGUUGGCAGUACAACCCCAAGAUGCGGCCGCUGUUCCAGGAGAUCAUCGAGAUGCUGCGCGAGGACCUGCACCCGUCUUUCCGCGAUUUCUCCUUCUUCUACAGCGAGGAGAACAAAGUCCCAGAGACAGAGGAGUACGACCUGGACUUGGACAACAUGGAGAGCAUCCCACUGGACCCCUCUUCAUACUCCCAGAGAGAGGAGAGCUUGGGCAGGGACAGCGGGCCCUCGGCGGCCCGCAGGGGGAACUAUGAGGAGCACGUCCCCUACACACACAUGAACGGUGGCAAGAAAAACGGACGAAUCCUAUCGUUGCCCAGAUCCAGCCCUUCCUAACAUUUCCUGUUUCCCAAAGACCUCGUUCAACCCCUCCCCUCCAUCCCCCCCGUCUUUCUCUUCCAGUCGGGUUGUUUUCUGUAUCAUUCAUGUUCCUCUCAUCAGUUUUCAGAUUUUCGUCUUCUUGGGGAAGCCCUUCAAAGAAGACACUCAGAUCUCAGGACUUUUUAUUUUCUUCCUCGCGGCUGCCGCACACAGGCGGGCGAGGGACGCAAACACGGCUCUUUUUUUUUUCUUUUUUUUUUACUUCCUCAGCUACACAUCGGACUUUCUAUUACCAUGUUAUCGUUUUUUCACUAUUGCCACGUUUCCGGGACUCCUUGUGGAUGGAAACACAGAGAAAACAAAACUGUGAACACAACAAACCUUAGACAACCAAGAAGGCUGCUUAUGCUCAAACCCCCCCCCCCCCCCCCCCCU